UUCCUUCCCAUUGGUUCAUGAAAGUGCGUUUGGAGUAGACUCUGAACCUUGCAAUCGAGGACCAAACUUUUGACAAGAGGCGCAGAUUUGGAAAUCUGGUCAAAUGCACUGGCUCACUCACGGGAAUUAUGAAAAGUUUAAAACAGCGACUUAAGAAAAACGAGAGUACUGAAUGGGGUAAGUAUGAUGAACGGUUGAUGAGGGCGGUGGAGAAUGAAGAUACAGACAAACUUACAGCCACAAUCAAAAAAGGAGCAAGUCCCACCAGACUAGACUCAGAGGGUCAUUCAGCGUUUCAUGUUGCUGCUAGAAAAGGCCUCGUAAAUAGUCUGAAUGUUUUCCUGGAUAAUGGUGUAAAUGUGAAGGCUGUGGAUGCCGCUGGUAAAACAGCUUUGCAUCUGGCUGCAGGAGGUGGUCAUUCCCUGUGUGUGCAGAGGUUACUGCAGUCUAAAUGUCCUGUCGACAGUACUGACCCGCAGGGACGUACACCUUUACAUGAUGCAGCUUCUGUAGGCUGCAAAGCCAUCAUCAAAAUUCUUUGUGACAGUGGAGCUUCUGUCAAUGCUGUUGACGCAGAUUGUGUGUCACCCUUAUUGUUAGCCGCCAGGUUGUGCCAACCUGGAUCGUGCCAGUUGUUAGUACAGUAUGGGGCACGCACUGUUCUACGAGACAAGCAAAACAAGACGGCACUUAUCCUGGCCUGUGAAAACUCCUGUAAGGAAGCCGUAGAGAUUCUCCUGAAGACUAAAGCAGAUGUUUCUGCAGUGGACAUCUAUGGUCACGAUGCUUACCACUAUGCCAACCUAAGUCAGAAACAAGACUUGAUCAAACUGGUUAAACAAGCCUUGGAAUCCACCACUAAAGCAAAAGAUACUGUCACAGUUUCACAGAAGACCCAACAGGUGAAGUUACAUGGCAGCCAUGGUAGCUCUACAGAGGGAAAAGAUGCGAAACAGACUCAUAAUUUGGAGGCCACACAGGUCAGGAACUCACAGUCAGCUCCUGUCCCGGUAAGAUCUGCUUCCAUAUCUGUGGACUUGUUACCCGGGGAGGUGGAGGCCCUUAGAAGAGAACUGAGAGAUUCACGGAGAAGACAGGAAGCAGCAGAGGCGGAGGUUCACAGGCUAGAUGCAGUGCUGGCAAUGCACAGCCAGGAAUAUGAAGGACUGAGGAGGAGCAGUGAGCAAGCCCUGCAUGCGGCUCACAGUAGGGCGUGGGAGCUGGAGGAGGCCCUAGGCGAGGUACAGAGGAGGAUGGCUGGCUCUGAAUCCCGAGUAAGGCAGAUGCAAGCUCAUCUGGUGGCUGUCAGAGAACAUCUUGUGGAAGAACUAAGAGUCCAGCUCCAAGAGGUCAAAGGUCAGCGAGAGGCAGCCGUAGCAGAACUGGGGAGAAUGCAGAAGGAUCUCAACCAGAGCCAGAGAGAAGUGGAGCAGCAGAAGGAGAACCAGAGCUCUUUGUUGCAGGAACUUAGCCGGCUUUCCCAGGAACUACUUAGCAGAGAGGAGCAGAUAAACUCACUGAAGACCGGUUUAGCAGCUAUGGAGACACAGCAUGUCGAGAUGUUGUGUAAAGACACCCAGACCCCACCAGAAUGGCGGCCCACAGAUGUGAAAACCACCAUGACUGAUCUCAUCUCCGAGACACGUGAACCAACCGUAGACUUGGAGAGCUACACCAGCAAGGCUGAGCACACGGCCGUAAUAACCUUGCUGAAACAAGCUGAAGCCAGAGCUCUGGAGAAGUACCAAUGUAAACAGGAAGAGAACAAGAGCUUGCUAAAAGAGCUUCAGGAGCAGAAGGCAGAGCUGGACACCAUCCAGGACGCCCUUCAUGCCAGGUUUGUCCCUGUGGCCUUAUUGGAGGAGAAAGAGAAGGAGGUGGAGCAGCUUAAACUGACCAUUGAAGAGAUGGAGAAGAAACAAAAGCAGGGCAGUGUGAACAUUGCACGGACUGAAGACGAGGAUGCUCAGAGAGAAGAACAAAGACGGGCAGGAACUGUCCAAGUAAUGUCCAAGUAUGUGCAGACGUCUGAAAGAGAGAGCAAAGGCAGCUUAAAUAAGGACAGAGGGAGCACAUCAUCAGUUCAAGUUGCUAAGAAUUCUGAAGUGUUGGUGGAGCAUGAAGAACAGCAGGUCAACACGGCAUCACUCAUUAGCUCCUGUGAGCCCAUGCAGUCAGAAAGCGUUCUCCAGGCUCAGGUCUGCAGACUACAACAGCAGCUGGAGGACUCUGAAAAGCAUUACAAGUGUGUGCUUAACAUGUAUCGGGCACGUUUGCUCAGUGCAGCACAGGGUUACAUGGAUGAAGAUGCCAAAAUGACUCUUCUGCAGAUUGCUAAAAUGAGAGAGGAAUGUGUGUGUUAAGCAGCCAGAUGGACAUACCUGAAUGUGUGCAUAUUUUAACUGAUGUAUAUAAUUUUGUGUCUUUUUUUGGUUUAAUAUCACAUGCAAAUUAACUUUAUAUGAUCUGCAAAUAAAGUAUAUUAAAUAUGACUAAAUACUGUAUACCUCCAAUUGUUCGCCUCCAUUAUUAAUGCACAGUCCCGCCCUAAACGCACCCCAUUGGUUGAUCCUGUGUUGUAAUGUCAGAAUUGGUGGUUGCACUAAAUUUUCUUUAUGAAUCAA